AUGGGCGACCUUCUGGCGUUUGUGCGGUCUGGGAGUCUUCACCGCCAUAUUGUCAUCGGAAAGGCCGUCAGCAUGACCAUCGUCGGAACUGGUCACUGGAGGCGACUGGUCCGCCCUGCGCUUUUUGCUGUGGCCGCCAUCCUCGCCGUCGGUAUCGCUGGAACUUCCGUCAUUGUUGUAGUCAUCGUCCUCGCCAUCAUUACCACUGUCGCUAUCGCUGCUGCUGUCGCUGUCGGCAUCGCGGGACGAGCUGUCACUGUCGCCAUCAUCAGCGAUGUUGCCGUCGCCAUCGAUAGAGGCUAA